UAAAUAAUGAUUUAUUCCAUCCGUUUCUAUGAGACGAUUUCCCCCGUCUUUUUUAUCCAAACCRUCCAGUGACGAAGCUAAAGGUUUUCGUCAAAUUCCGUGGUUGAUUUCGUCGAGCAGAAAUCGUUCGGUCAAUCGAAUCGUUGUGUUUUUUCUACCAUCUUACGUGCUUCGCUUAACAAAUUAAAUAUGUAAGAAAACAUUUUGGUGACUAUAAAGAUUUUCAUCUUUAUUCAUUUUUGGCAUAGCUGUUGUAUGUUAUAGCGAAAUGGUGAGUCUUAUUGACCGCUUGGAAGUCAAUCAGGCAAAAUGCCUGGUGCGCAAAUUUCAUGACCCACUUGAUAAAUCUACCGAUAAUGAUAAAUUAGAAUGCUGUGUUGAUAAAAAUCAAACUGUUCGCCAGUUUUUUAAUGUAGUUGCAAAUUAUUACAAUUUGGAUCUUGAUUCUUUUUAUUUGACAUUUAGUUCAUUCAAAACAGAUUCUACAUUGGAAACAAAUGAUAAGCCAAAACUGGAAGCAGAUGAUGAUCGUCUAUUGAUAGAUGUUGGUGUAGUGUUUGGUGAGGAUUCUCAAAAUCGUUUUGUACUGUCAGAGAAUGAAAUUGAAGAAUGCAAUCAAGCUGAAUGUAUAGUACGCAUACCUAAAGGGGCAAAAGUGUUUCCUUUGACAGUGGAUCAAAAUGAAACUGCAGGCCAAUUGUAUAGACGUGUAUUAGAAUUCUGUCAAGCAGAAGAUCUGAAUACAGAUUUUUUUGUUUUAACUUUUAAUUCCUAUGACAACAAUGCUGAAUUGAUCAAACUUAUGAUCAGAGAAGAUGAUACAAGGUUGCUGAGUGACAUUGGGAUUGUGUACCGUCAAGGAGUAAAAAAUCGUUUUGAAAUAUCACUAAACAAUGUAUCAGAUAGUAUGGACAAUGAUAAUUCAUCAAAAUCAUGUUCGCCUACUCAAGAUCAUAAAGUUGAAAGUCAAUACUCAAAAAUUCAUCCUUCAGUUCGUCGAAAUGGUCUAGAUUCAUCAUCCGUCAUAGAAAAUAAUAUAUUAGAACCAACGUCACCAAUGCCAAUGCUAGCAUUACCUUCUACCCGUAUGAUAUAUAACCGUUCAACAGAUAGAACAUAUACAGGAUACAGAGGUUUAGUAAAUCAAGCAAUGACUUGUUACCUAAAUAGUUUAUUGCAAGCAUUAUACAUGACACCAGAAUUUCGAAAUGCUCUGUACAAAUGGAAAUUUGAUUUUGAUGCAAACAUCGACGAGUCAAAAUCAAUUCCGUUUCAACUCCAGAGAUUAUUCUUAAACCUUCAAACCUCACCACGACACAGUGUUGAAACAACAGAACUUACACGUAGUUUUGGUUGGGAUUCUAGUGAAGCAUGGCAACAGCACGAUGUUCAAGAACUUUGUAGAGUCAUGUUCGAUGCUCUCGAACAAGAAUUUAAAAAUACCACUCAUGUUGAUCUCAUAAACCAGCUUUAUCAAGGAAAAAUGAUUGAUUAUGUGAAAUGUCAAGAAUGUGGAAUUGAAAAAUCUAGAGAAGAUACAUUUCUUGACAUACCUUUACCUAUACGUCCGUUUGGAAGUACUAACGCUUAUGGAUGUAUAAAAGAAGCACUACAAGGAUUUACCCAACCAGAAACAUUAGAUGGCAAUAAUCAGUAUUUUUGUGAACGCUGUAAUAAAAAAUGUAAUGCUCACAAAGGUCUGAAAUUCAGCAAGUUUCCAUACAUAAUGACAUUGCAUUUGAUGCGUUUUGAUUUUGAUUAUAACACUAUGUAUCGCAUCAAAUUGAAUGACAAAGUUGAGUUUCCUUUAAAACUCAAUUUAAACAAUUUCAUAUCAAAUAAUAAAAAUGGUUCAGACAAAGAAGAAGCACUAUCUGAAGGAUUUCCUGAAGAAUUAUUUGGAUCUGGUAGUAAAUGUGAUGACAGUAGUUAUACUGGCACAGAUAGUUCAUCCGCGUUAGAUGAAAUUGAUCAAGAUGAAGAUGAAGGUAUUGACCUUACCCAGCACAGGCAUGAAGAUAAACGUGGAGGAGAUUUGAACUCAGAAAAUGAACCGAUUGGGCCUUAUAUGUAUGAACUUUAUGCCAUCAUGAUACAUUCUGGCAGUGCRUCAGGGGGACACUAUUAUGCAUAUAUUAAAGAUUUUAAAACUGAUCAAUGGUUAUGUUUUAAUGAUCAAUCUGUGUCAGUGAUCACAAUGGACGAUAUCGAAAGAAGUUUUGGUGGUGGUCCUAUACGAGGAUAUUAUUCAGGCCAAUACACGUCUAGCACUAAUGCAUAUAUGCUCAUGUACAGACAAAUUGAUCACAGAAGAAAUAAAAACGCAAUGACGCAAGAAGAAUUUCCUCCGCAUUUAAAAGAACUUCAUAACUUACUUGAAAGAAAAGCCGAAGAAGACAGACAGAUGAGAGAAAGAGAACGAGACAUGUAUAAAGUGCCCGUACACUUAGCUGAUUUUAUGGAAUCUGGUAUUCGUAGUUGGCAAUUUGAUUGUAGCGGAACUACUACUGUUGAACAAUUAAAGGCUAUGGCUAUUGAGCAUUUUAGAAUCACCAAACCCUGUCGGUUAGUUAUUUUCAAUAAACAGGAUCAAAAAGUUCUUGAAAAUUUGGAAGAUAAGAGUAAUUAUUUAGUAUGUCACUUGAAAUAUUCCUUGACAUUUGUAUUGUUACUCCAAUUGAUUGACACAGAAGACAAUAGAAGUGUUGUAUCUACUCCAGGAUAUGUUUUGAUGAAAUUGUUUAUAAUAAACUUGGAUGACAAUGAAGAAGAUAUUGAUGUAAGUCAGCCAGUUGAAAUUGAAAUUGAACAAAAUAAUGAAAUAAAAGACCUCCGUAAUCUGCUUUAUGCAAAAUAUGAUAUUCCCAGUGAAUCAGUGUUGCAUUUCGCUAUUCAGAACAGUUCAAAACCAACAUUACUUGAAGAUAGUGCACCAUGUUCAUCUAUCUACACUAAUUAUGUUUUUGUAUUCAUCGAACGUCAUGCCAUCGAACAAUCAGUCUUAUCGCACAAGAUGAAAAACAUAAUCACAAGAUAUGACAAUACAAUCCUAUUACAAUUUAUAAUGCCAACAAAAGAUACAGAAACUUUACAUAAAUUGAUGUCAUCAUACAAUAAAAAUUCUGUAAAUGGCUAUAUUGAAGAUCUGUCUAUGCAACCAUUAGAAAAACAAAUUCCAGGUGUGUUAGAAGUGGAUUGUGAUCAGUCAACUGAGGACAAUAAUUUAGUUGCCAAUUCUGAGGACAUGUGUGUUGUAGCUAGUGGAAGUGGAAGUGGUGAUCAGAGCGAGGACAGUAGUAUAACAGACAGUGAAAGAACAAUCAAAGGAGAUGCUGUCGAAGAUUAUCAUAUGGAUUCUCCUACUUUUGAACAUGAUCCAAUAAAGGUUUAUGAUCAAGGCAGASUGGAGGAAAACUGGGAUGGGACUGAAGACGACGAUGACGAUAACGAAUUCCAGUUAAAUGAAAAAUAUUUUUUCAAAACAACAAAAUUAUUAGACAAAACAUCUGAGGAUGAUGAUGAAAAAUUGUACGCUUAUGUUGAUAAACGCAUGACUGUCAAAGAACUCAAAACUCAAUUAAUACCAUACAUCAACAUACCAUCUGAUUUUAUUAUUCUAAAUCGAUGCAAAUCAGAUACAGAAUUAGAAGAACUGGCAUUACCAAGUAGUUCUUUAGAAGAUUUGGCCUACUCAGACACAAUUAAAAUCACCAUGGGUCAAGCAUUACGUGAUGGUGAAUAUCGUGGUAUCAUUUAUUGGAUCGAACCACAAGAACAGACUACAAAGAUUCAUUUUAAGAAAAUGUUUGAUUGGAUAAUUACGGUGGGGACCUCUGUCUUAGAUACCAAAAAAGAACUAUUAGUUAAAUUGAAUAAAACUCAAAAUAUUGAUAUACCUUUAGACAGGUGUCGUUUGCGUAAGAAAAAAAAUGACUCUCUGAUGCGAUGCUACUUUAAUGAAGAAAUCUGGAAUGAAGAUAUUGGUCAAGGAUGGGAGAUGGUCAUAUUGGAUCUGAAAGACCGUUCUGAAUUGGAGUUAAAUAAAACCAAACGACUUAUGUUUGUCAAUCAUGUAGAAGAAGCACUUCCAGGACGCUGUAUAACUGAAAUGGAGUUUGUUGUUGAUAUAGCAUCUUCAACUUCUGCUAAUGCACAGCUGGCCACUGAGAUUUCCAAUAAACUAAAUAUACCUGAAGAUCAGUUAGAAAUUGGUUAUAAACAUGGUCACUCAACUGAAAUUGCUUGGAAAUCCAGUGUGUUAAAUUGGUCAUUUAGUUUGUCUGACGACAACAUCAUUUUAUAUUGUCGUAAUGCUGCGAAUAACACAUCCAACAAAGAAGCACCUAAAGAAUGGCGUAGGCAACGCAAAGAACGUUCCUUAAGAAUACACACAAUGAAUAAUGAUUAAAUAUAUUAUGUAUUGUGUAAUGAUUGGUAAAUGCUAAAUGUAUUUAUUACUGAAGAAGGUAAAAACCAGUUUGAAAUACUUGUUUUAAUCUGUCAUUUUCAAAAAGAAUUUAAUUUUAUACAGCCUGAAAACUUCUUAAAAAUAUCUGUUAAUUAUACAAAAUUCUUUCGAUUCGUUUUAAUCAUUUAUGUACAUUUGUUAACAUCAAAAAUACAAAUUUCUGUUUCCUAGUUUAAAUCUUUUAUCUGUGAU